CCACAGCUACCGCUGACAAUGACAACGAAAAAAAAAAUCGCUGAAAAGUCGGAAAAAGUUUGUCAAAAUGGGAACAUAAAUUUAAUAAAUACAGAAUGCGGUUCGCUCAGCUUGUCAUGGGACCCGCGGGUAGCGGUAAGUCUACAUACUGUAGCACAAUAGUCAAGCACUGCGAGACGAUUGGUCGCUCAGUACAAGUUGUCAAUCUCGACCCAGCGGCCGAACACUUUACAUACCCAGUGGCCAUAGAUAUCAGGGAGCUUGUGGAGCUAGAAGAUGUCAUGGAAGCAGAUGAUUUAAAGCUCGGUCCAAAUGGGGGACUUGUCUUUUGUUUAGAAUUUUUUGUACAGAAUUUUGAGUGGCUGCAGGAACAGCUUGGGGAAAAUGAUGAUGACUACAUCCUCUUUGACUGUCCAGGUCAAAUAGAGUUAUACACCCAUCUGCCUGUGUUUAGACAAGUGGUGGAAACACUUCAACAGUGGGAUUUCAGAGUGUGCGGGGUGUUCUUGAUUGACUCCCAGUUCAUGAUAGAGUGUAGCAAGUUUUUCUCUGGAAUUUUGUCAGCUCUAGCUGCCAUGGUUCAGCUGGAAGUUCCUCAUAUAAAUGUCAUGACCAAAAUGGAUUUGCUAACCAAGAAACAACUCAAGACAGUCCAAAAAUAUCUUGAUCCAGAUCCUCUAAUGCUACUAGAAGACCUUGGUGGCCAACUCAACAAAAAGUUCUGGAAGCUUAACAAAGCACUUGGUCAGCUGAUUGAGGAUUACAGCAUGGUUACGUUUCUACCACUUAACCCCGAAGAUGAGGACUCUGUCACAGAUGUGCUUCAGCAGAUAGACCAUGCAAUACAGUAUGGAGAGGACCUCGACAUCAAGACAAGGCUGGUACUAACUGGCAAAAGCAUGGGUGGUGCUGUGAGUGCCGGGAAGGAUAACAACGAACUUGUUGAGAACUUGAAAGAAGCAGGUUACAUCAAGACCCCAAAAGUAGAACAAGUGUUUCGUGAGGUUGAUAGGUGUGACUACUUUCCGGAAGGUGCCGAGGAACAUGCAUACAAAGAUUUGGCAUGGAAGCAGAAGAAUGUCCACUUAUCAGCGCCAUGCAUUUACUCAGAGGUGAUGGAAUGCUUGGAAUUGGAGGAAGGGCUAUCAUUCCUGAAUCUUGGCAGUGGAACUGGUUAUUUAUCAACAAUGGUUGGCUUAAUUAUUGGACCCAGUGGUACUAAUCACGGAGUUGAACUCUUUGAGGAUGUCGUAGACUUUGCACAUUCCAAGUUGCAACAUUUUAUGGAGAACAAUCCCGCAUUUAAAGGGAUAAACUUUUGUGAGCCUGUGUUUGUGGUAGGGGAUUGCCUAUGUGUUGACACUAUCUUUCGGCAAUAUGACAGAGUUUAUUGCGGUGCUGCUUGCCCACCUGAUUUUGAGGACUAUAUGAAAUCGCUUGUUAAAGUGAAUGGGAUAUUGGUCAUGCCCUUCAAAGAUAAGCUGUGCAAGCUAAAGCGGGUAUCCGAAAAGGACUGGGAUGUAGAGAAUGUGCUAUCAGUGUCUUUUGCACCUCUGAUCACUUCUGCUGACUGUUGUCCUCACAUACAAAUUGCCUCCAAUCCAAGGCUACUACAGGAUUUAUGCCGACUGGUGAUCUGUGGUCACCUUGGCGACAAGUGGCUGUCCAGAGUUAUGGAGUUACCACUUCCACCAUCCAUACUGACAUAUUUGUGCUACUUCAGGGAUUCACGGCUAGGAUGAUACACCCCAGUUUAGACUUGCUGUUACCAUAAACAUAUUCAGGGAUAUACAACAGCAUGAUGGGUCUGUAUAGCCAGUUGACUAUUUAAGUAUGACUUCUUUGCCUUUAUGGUAGCAUAAGAAACCAAUUUAACUGUACUGUAUUUGUACAAAAAGUGUUUGGUCUUGUUGUAUUGGUACUAAUGCAGAUGUAAAUAGAAUAGUAAAAAGCAUAUUUACUCAAAUAAGCUGUCAGGGUAUUCACAAAAGGGUGCUGACACACACAAGGGCAAGCGACUAGAGUGGGGCAGGUGGAGGGGGGGGGGGGGGGUCAGGACCUCAUUCUUAUCAAGUAAAUACGCUUGAAGGUUUAAAAAAGGUUAAUUAUAAAAAUAGUAACAGAAUAAUCAUUAGAUAAUAUAUACCCUUGCCACCUUCCAAAAGGAAUAGAGGGAGCAUGUCAAAUAAAACUCAUGUACUUUGUAGGCCAUUUGCUAUCAUAAUGUGGCUAGUUUUUAUUCAACAUCCCUUUUCUCGACAACAUACAAUAUUUACAUAAAAAUGGACUAGCAGGUAGUCUAAUAUCAGGAAAAGCUACAGUAUGAGUGCUUUCCAUAAAAAAAAACUGAUACUUUAGUCAUCUUGUUUAUGCAACACUUCAAAGUGUAGAGUGACAAUGCUAGUUCAUGGUUGUAUAUUCUAGCAAAUGAAUGCCUUUGUUUAUCCUGGUUAUAAUUGCCAUGUGGGACGAACUUUUUUUUUUCAAACAAACACAAGAUGGUCUUAGAUUGGGGCACUUGACUCUGACGAUCCUGAGAAAAAAAAAGAGAAUAAAGUUAAGUUGGGGGAAAAUAGUGUAAUGAUGAAGUUUACAUUUUGUAAAAUAGAAAGAGAAUAAACAAGUCAAAGUUA